UUAGCUGAGUGGAGGCCGGUUUUGGCUUCAGAUUUAGAUCUAGAGGAGUUCGUUUCUGAAAUCAGAACUAGAUCUACAAGUCACAUAACAUUUUUUUAUCCUAGUACCCUUCCAUGACCAGUGCUCAUUUUUAUUUCUUCAGGAAUGGACAAUGCAUGAUAGAAGUUCAAAGAUUACACUGCGGUGCUUCGUAACGUCGUAACCAUGACCAUCAUGUCCAUGUCAAAAAAGUGGAAAGUCUCAUCAUCGUUGUCCCCGUUUGCCUUGCGUUCGGCCGCUUAUUCAAAUUGGUCUCAUCAUCCUCCUGGAAAUGGAAAACAAUUCUCUUUUUCUUAUGCAGAGGGGCAGAUAUAUUUAUUGAGACGCUAGUUUACGUCCAUGCAUCAGAGAAUGACAUCCUGCAACUGCAAGUUACCAUCAUGAGGAGUUUCUUUAGUAUGAUGGCCUCCUCAUCAGGCCUCGGCAAACGUCCUUCAGCCUCUAAAGAUGUUGAUGCUGGAGCUAGCAGCAGUCAAAAGAGAAGCCGGUUUGCUGACGCAGUUUUAGCUCAUGGUGAGAAGGAGCAAGGUGCAAAAGAAUACACAAGUGAUCCUUUAUUCUGGGGACCGUACCUGGCUGAAAGGCAGUGGGGUACCGUCCGGGAGGAUUACUCCCUUGGUGGAAACUGCUGGGAUUACUUGAGCCAUGCCGAGUCUGCAAAACAAGCCUACCACUGGGGGGAAGAUGGACUCUUGGGAAUCUCCGACAAGUUUGGGCUCCUGUGUGCAUCUGUUGCAUUGUGGAACCACAAGGACCCCAUUCUGAAGGAGAGACUAUUCGGUCUGACUGGGAAUGAAGGGAACCACGGGGAAGAUGUGAAAGAGCUGUACUAUUACUUAGACAACACUCCGAAGCACACGUACAUGAAGGCCUGCUACAGGUACCCACAGACAGAGUUCCCGUACGGCCCUCUCCUACACCACGGACGUAGUCCCAGGGAAAGUGAGCUGGAGAUUCUGGACACAGGUGUAUUUGAUGCCCACUCCUACUGGGAUGUCAACAUCGAAUACGCAAAGCCAGCCACUCACAGUGUGAUCUGUCGUAUCAACAUCUUCAAUCACUCCGCAGAAUCAGCCAAACUAGACAUAAUCCCACAGUUCUAUUUCAGAAACACAUGGAGCUGGCCCAGGACAGGUCAUAAUCACCCGGCACCGGUGUUCCAGGCAGUGGGAGAUGACUCGGUGGAUGCUGUGUAUGACAUGGGAAUCUUCCGGAUCAAUUUCCACCACUCCAAGAACGUGACCUUCAAGUCUCUCCUGUUCACUGACAACAACUCUGUCCACAAUGAGUUUGCCAGUUCUCAGCGAGGGACGGAGGAGCCUCAGGGAGGAGAUGUGACGACAGACAGAAAGAAAAGCAAAACCGAGACUCUUGGGAAGAAAGAUGCAUUUCAUAAGUUUAUCAUUAAAGGAGACAAAAGCGGGCUGAGAGCAGACGGCACAGGUACCAAGUUCUGUGCCUGGAUGUCUGUGGAGAUGGAAGGCAACACGCAGACCUCCGUGUACUGGCAGAUCUUCCCAGCCGACCAUGUGGUGGAGAAGGUAAUUUCCAAACUGGACAACAUCAUCAAGUCACAGAAGUCGAAAGCGGAAGAUUUUUACGCCAAAGUGAUACCAAAAAUGGCAAAGGCGGAGGAAAAGAACAUUUGUCGACAGGCCAUCGCGGGACUUCUGUGGUCCAAGCAGUACUAUAUGUACAACAUGGACAUGAAGAACAAAGAGAUGCACCAAAUGUACCAAAAGGAGUACCUGAAGUCGGCUCUGGGUCAGAAGAGGCUCCAGUGGAAUCACCUACACUGCCACGAUAUUCUCCUCAUGCCUGAUAAGUGGGAGUUUCCAUGGUUUGCGGCAUGGGACUUAGCCUUCCACUGUGCUCAGUUCAGUCGUCUGGACAUGUCAUUCGCCAAAGAUCAGAUCCUUCUGCUACUCUCUGAUCGCUACAUGCAUGCCAAUGGCCAGAUUCCAGGUUGUGAGUUUGACCUGGGAGACCCUAACCCGCCCAUCACAGCCUGGGCAGUGUGGAAGAUGUACAAACAGGACGGGGAGAAAGACUUGUCCUUCCUCAAGACUUGCUUUAACAGGCUCAUUUUCAGCUUUCAAUGGUGGACCAGGCUGGACCCCACGUCCAGUUACCUGUAUGGCAACGGCUUCAUGGGCCUGGACAACAUCAGCCUGUUUGACCGUUCGAAACUGCCAGACGAUGUCACGUCACUCAAACAGGCUGACUGCACAGGCUGGAUGGGUCUGUUCUGCAUGAACAUGCUGCAGAUCGCCCUGGAGCUGUGCCGUAAGGAUAGCAGCUACACAGACAUGGCUAUCAAGUUCCUCAAGCACUUCCUCAACAUCGCCAAGGCCAUCAACCGCUCAGUGGACGACGGAGGUCUUUGGAUGGAGGAGGACAAGUUCUUCUACGACGUUCUGCAUUACCAGGACCCCCACUGUGCAGCCGUCCGCGUACGCUCGUGGUCCGGCAUAGUGCCUCUGUUAGCCUGCACAUCCAUCAACCUGAAACACUCACCACUGGUCAAGUCGUUCCUGCUUAAGUGUGACCGCGGCUUUUCACCGUUUGUUUGCAAACUGGGAGAGAAUGAGUUUUUCCUGACCCUGGUCUCCUACACAAAACUCAAGGUCAUUCUGAAGAUCGUCUUCUCGGAGAAUGAAUUCCUCUCGCCCUUUGGCAUCCGGUCAUUGUCAAAGAUAUAUCAGAGUAAACCUUACCACUUCGACAUCGGCGGCAAAACCAUGAGCAUCAAGUACACACCGGGGGAGUCCGACUCCAAGCUGUUCGGAGGCAACAGUAACUGGAGGGGACCCAUCUGGCUCUGCAUGAACUACAUGUUUGUAGAGUGCUUGGAGAAAUAUUCCGACCUUGACAGAGUGUUCACCUUACCACUCAGUGUACAGUACCCGACCGGAACUGCCUCAAAGUUGACAUUUCUCGCAAUUGCUCAGGAUCUGUGUCAGAGAGUUCUCAGUAUCUUCCUGCCCAACGUGUGGGGGGCGCGGCCUGUUCAUGGCACCCACAGCAAGUAUGCCAAAGAUUCAGACUGGGAAUCCCAAAUCUUGUUCUACGAAUAUUUCCACGCAGACACGGGCAGAGGGUGUGGGGCAAGCCACCAGACAGGAUGGUCUGCCCUUGUCUUGGAGUUUAUUCACAAGUUAUAUCGAGGACAGGUUAAAAAUAGCUAACACUCGAAAGUAAUUCCUCCCAGUCAUCUGUACCUGUGAUGCUCUUUCGAAAUCCGUGUUUAUCUGUGUUAUUUGCUUACAGUUUGUUUUGCAUAACUCCCUGUUUAUCUGUGCAAUAUUUACUUUUUGUAACUCCCUAAUUGUCUGUGCAAGUAAAAAAUGUAUGUUGCCUACCGAUACCAUCCCAAAGAAAAAACUACUGCCACCUAAACAUGUACACUAGUCCCCGCCUAAACACGCGCCAUAGAAAAGCACGCUCUGCUCAAACGCAAGCUUUCAUCACGUGACGAGUUUUUUACUAUAUAAUUUAGAUGUACAAAAGCACGAUCACUCCCUCUAAACGCACAUUCCGAUCUGCGAAACACGCCAACAGGUAAAGCUUGAAAAGGGGAAAUUUUCACUACAACCUGCACGGCAUGCAUAGGACAAGCCUAGACCACUGGAUAUUUGGUGAGACUGCCCUCACGCUGAACGAAGAGAGUGAUGGACAGUGUUUUCCCACCCAACUUUCCACAGACACAUAGAUCUAGGACUUGUCAAUGAAAUAUUUGGGGGGCAUUAGGUAGGCCUCUAUAGGAUUAAAGAUGAGUCGAGUAAGCCUAAUCAGCUGCGCUCGAAGAACUUGUAAUGUACUCGUUCAAGGAAUCACAAGAGAAAAUGAGAAAUGUUCCUCUAAAUGUAGAGAUCUAUGAUUCUGAUGUCGUCCAUGAAGUAGCGGUCAGCGGUGAUCGCUUGGAUAGCCAAGUGGCUGGGCCGUCGUCCCUAUGACUAUCACCGACAGUUUUCUUUUUAGGCUGUCUGUUCCCCACAUUUUAUGGUGCAUAUCAUUACAUUUAGUCUGUUUUUCUUACCCCCACCCCCCCAUUCAACGCCUUUGUAUUCUCAACCAUAGUCGAGGAAUCCCUCAGGAACCAAUCACUUGUCGUCAUAUUAUCAGCCAAAGUGACCCCCACCCCAAGGGAGGUCACUAGAAUAUCAAGACAAUGAGAUUACUGCGUCCCUUCCCCCCUUUGCAAAGGUUCAUUAUCAUGUAAACGCACGCUCCGUAUAAACACAAGAGCCUUCCCGAGCACCGGGCGUUUAGGCGGAGACUACUGUACAGCUAAUGACUGUCCCAAGUGUAUGUAAACGCAGAGGGAAAAUUUUUAACGCUGUGGAUAGUCAUAGACUUGUUGACUGUCCAGAGGGACAGUUUUCGGACUGGUCAAGUGGUAGACCAGCAAGUAGAACAGAAACAUCGCAGUAGACUGCGACAUCGUCAAUUGGACUAGUACAAAAUUUGUUUUAUCUCUCAAUAUUUCUGCCUGAGUUUCAUCUGAAAUUAUUACAAAUAGGAUAAGGUAUAUUAAGUUCUCUAUUGGAAGAAGUUGAAGAGAGUCCUUUCACUCAAUCAAGUUUACAUGCAUAGCAUCAGAUCAACAAGUCUUUUGUUGUUUUCUGGAACUAAAUUACUGUUCUUGUGCGGAUAUGCUUCUCUUUACUCAAGUGCCAUGUCUAUGUGUUUCUUGCUGUGUGUGUAUGUGUGUGUAAUAAUUACAUUUUAAGAAUGCAAUUGUCUUCAUUUUCUUGUCUGUCUGCUAAAUGACCUACGUUGUUUUGAGUAGGGCCUAAAACUUUUACUAUGACAUUAAUCACCAUUUCUUGCCUUAUUGUUUUCAGAGAGCAAAGCCCAUCAGUGAUGAAAUGCAAGAAAGGUCGAAACCUGCAUGUCUUUCACGUUUUUCAAUAUUUGCAGUCCUAACUAUAUCUUUGAUAUACUUUUGUUCCCAUUCAUUUUCUCUUUUUACAUAUGGUCGGCAUCAUUCCACUUGCGCUCAUCUCAUUUUUCUCAAGUUUUGAGGAAAUUAAACAAGAACAGAUCGCCCGAAUCAGAACCAUGAUUGAGGUACCUGUGAUUUUUCAGUUUGAACUUGAGAAGGAAACAAUUAAACUCAAUUUUGAUAUUCCCCUUGGUCUUCAUUUGAGUAGUGGGUUUUUUUAUCUGGAAACCCCUGGGAAGUGAUUUGGGUGUUGGCGUAAUGACUCGUAUGAUAUAUCAUCAUAUUUUAUUCCCUUUUUUUUGUCAUUGGCUUUUUUUUUAACUUGGGGAAACAAGAUGUUUGUGUUUCCAUCUUCUCUCUUGGUGCUGAGUAUUUGGGCAUUAAUUUGUAGCUUGUCAACAUGGUUUUAUAUAUUUUUGAAACAGCUAUUUCUAUAUAUUAUGUGUCCUUUGAACUGUGAUGAUUAUUUUAUCAAUAAACAUGUUAUAUAGAGUAUGAAGACGA